GAGAACUCCACAACCACAACUCCUUACUUACCAUUUUGUAUUAAUUUCUACCUGCAGUCAAUAAUUCACAUUUGUGUAAUUUCAAUAGAACUUGGACACCAUUAUAACUUAACUAAGUGGACAAAUUCUGCAUUCAUUCUAGGCUCCAAUUGAGUUUUUUUUCUUGCCCUAUUCCUAUCUCUUAGGGGUUUUAUUUUUCUAGUUUUACAUUAUUAAUGACAGUUUUGUUUUCCUUUGUCAACAUUAUAACUCUUAAUGUCUUUGGAAUAGUUUGUUUUCAUCAAUAGGCACAAGUUUUGUUUUUGCACUGAUCAUCAAACGACCCCUAAUGGAUAAAGCACCCAUUUUGAUGAGUUCUAGGAAGUGCUUCUGUACUGAAGACACAGCAAGGAGCAUGGCACGGAAAAAGAAAGGAAGCAGCAAGCUUAAUUCUGUGCCCGAAGUAGAAGAAGGUGAAAGAGAGAGUCCUACGAAAGGCCUCCAAUCCAAUGGGCUUCCUGAGGAAUCUCAGAAUGGUGCAGUGGAUAGUGAUGAUGAGGAUGGUGUAAAGUCUGGCUAUUCCUAUCAACUUGCUAAAGAAGCUGCCAUGUCUCCAUCAACAACUGUUGUCCAUAAAAAAUUUGGGAAAAUCAGUUGUUUGCCUCCUGAUGCCGAACACAGUGAUCCAAAUGGAGAUUCUGAGGGCUCAAGCCAAGACCUUAUGGACACGAAUAUGGUGGAGGAGGAAGAGGAUGGAAGUGACAGUGCUGAGCUGUUGGAGGUGGUCUUAGCUCAAGAACAAGGUGAAGUUAGUGGUGGUAGUGUUGAGGAUGAUGAAGGAAUGGAGGACAAUGAUACAGAGACCAUAGUCGUCGAGGUUGAGGAAGGCAUGGUUGAUGAAAUUGAUCAUCAAAAUACCGUUAUAGUUCAAGUUGUUGGUGAUGAUCUUAUGUAUUCGGAGGAAGAUGGAGCAACUAUCUGGGAAGUAGAGACUGUUGAAGAAAUAGAGCAUGAUGGCUUACUUCAAGAAUCAGAUGAAGCAGUUCAGGAAGAGGUGACUUUGUCUGAGAGGGAUGAGAAUACACUCGAAGAUUGUACUGAAAAUUCUGAAGAAUCAGCUGGCAAUAGUGUUACAUCUUCUGGGAUUUUGGAAAAAACUGAUGGACAUGAAUCAGAUGUUUCAUCAUCUCUUGUUAGCAGGCACCCAUCUGCACUGGAUAGUGACAUGUCUGACAGAGAAGCUGAUGAUGAGCAGUUAGCUAUGAAAAGUAAGCUGUCUCCAGAUGAAAUAAAUCAAAUGGUCCUAGGGUCGAGUUGUGGUAUUGUUAAUGUUGCUGUAGAAGAACUCACUUGUGAAAAAGAUUCGGAUGACCCUGAUAAGAUUCACCUUCUUCAACGAAGAGAAAGUGUCAUCACUCGUAGAAGUAGUGAUGAUGGGGAUAGGGAAAUGGAAGUCAACUCAAGGCUCAAAGGCAGUCCAAUUCAUGUUUAUGGCAAUUCAAAGAAAAAUAAGUCAUCUCUUAAAAUACCUGAAACCUCUGUGAUCAAAUCUAAUUGUGAGCUUACUACACCUCCUAGAAGAAAUGUAAUAUGCUUAGAUGAUUCACCAUUGAAAUCACCACCUUCAAAAGAACGACCUGGAUCAAGUAAGAGAGAUGAUGUGUGUACCAAUGAACUUCCUAUUUCAAGUAUUGGUGGUAGCCUUUUUAACGUAAACUUAAACUCACUUAGUGUGAAACAACAUAAUCUUAACAAGUCCCCUUUCAAAGAUGGUCCUGCUGCUUUUGGAAUUGACCCAAUUGUUAGAAAACCUAAAUCUAAUGAAGAAGAUCUUGAAAUGAAGAAGAGCAAUUCUAUUCGCAAUAGAAGUGGAAGUAGUGAUACAACAGGGUCAGACAGUGGGUCAAGGAGUCCAACAGUACGUAGGAGUACACGGAUCCGUGCUCCUGCUGCCAUCCAUAAAAAGCAAACUGUGUCCAAGGCAUCCUUAGAGUCUCUUGAUUCACCAAAAGAAAACCCAUCCUCUUCAACCAGCCUGUCUAGUGUUCGAACUCCUACCAAUACAACAUCUCCUUCAGAUGUAUCAAUGCCUGUCAAAGUGAAGUCCAGGUGGCGACGGUCAAGCGAGCUUGAAAUGGGCAACAUUGGCUCAUCGGAAAGUGAUGUUGGAACCACUGUACCUUCUCCUUCACAACCACCUGAGCCCCCUCCCUUACCAGCACCAACCUCCCACAGUGUUGUGCUUUCUGAGAAAGAACUUCAAAUUAAAAAAGAAAAAGAGGAACAAGAAAUCUCUGAUCAUCUCAAGGACUUUCAAAUUCUGACUGAAAAUCUGUACCUGACUGAAAGAAUAAAGAGCAAAGAUGCAAAGCGCAUGGCUUGUGACUGCUCACUGAGCAAAGAUGAAAUAGGAAGAGGCGAAAUGGGAUGUGGAGAGGACUGUCUCAAUAGACUCUUAAUGAUUGAAUGCGGAUCUCGAUGUCCUGUAAAAAACAUGUGUUCCAACAAGAGGUUUCAGUCUGCUGAAUAUGCUAAAUGUGAAAUUUUCAAGACUGAAAAGAAAGGGUUGGGUUUGAGGACAACAGAAGAUCUGUCCGGAGGUACUUUCAUAAUGGAGUAUGUUGGGGAAGUACUAGACCCUAAAGAAUUCCGAAAACGUGCCAAAGAAUAUUCCAAAGAUCAGAACAAGCACUACUACUUUAUGGCUCUAAAAUCUGAUGCUAUAAUUGAUGCAACCAUGAAAGGCAAUCAUUCAAGAUUCAUUAACCAUAGCUGCGAACCUAAUGCAGAAACACAAAAGUGGACUGUCAAUGGAGAACUUCGCAUUGGAUUUUUUACUACUAAACCUAUCUCUGCUGGGGAGGAAAUAACUUUUGACUAUCAGUUUCAAAGAUAUGGGAAAGAUGCUCAAAGAUGUUACUGUGAGUCUAGUGUUUGUCGAGGCUGGAUUGGAGGUGAUCCAGACUCAGAAAAAAGCCAAAACCAAUGGCAAGAGUGGAAGGGCAAGGAUUCCUCUACCAAAAAGAAACGUGAUAAAGAUAAAGACAAGGAUAAAAGAAGAGAAGAUAUUGAUCUGGAAGAGGAAAUUGAGAAAUUAUGUUCUUCUGGACUUAAAAGCCGUGCUCACACAUUAACAUUAUGCAGGCUUAUGGUUCGUGCUGAAGAUAUACACUCUAGAGCAAAACUUUUAAAACUUCUCAGAGAUGGUGAACCAGCAUGUUGUCGACUAUUCUUGGAUUAUCAUGGCCUUCGUCUCAUCUGGAGCUGGAUGAUUGACAACAGAACAACUGACAAUGUAGAGGCCAAAACUGAGAUUCUACGAACUUUGAAAAAGCUACCAAUUCCAAAUAAAACAAUGCUCAUAGAUAGCAAGGUUUGGGGAGUAGUGGAGCGUUGGUCUCAAUUGAAGUCAAGCACAGAGCCUAGUCCUUCAAACAGUGAAAGAACAUUUGAGGAAGAGUCUAGCAAUGAUCUAUCAGACAAGUUAGAAUCAGAAGACAGGAAGCCGAAGUCUCCCAACACUGAGGAAAAGGCUGUGCUUCAGCCAGACACACUUUCCAACAAACUUGACAGCAAGAACCCCUCUGCAUCCAUGGAUAUAGAUGGAGAUGUGAAAGGGGAUUCAACAGACAGUGAUACAAAGGCCUGUGCAGAGCUUGCCUCCCUCAUAAUGCAAAACUGGUAUUCAUUGAAAGAAGUGUUCCGGAUCCCUAAAAAAGAACGCAUUGAGCAGAUGAAAGAACAUGAGAGAGAAGCAGACCAACAUUACAAAGAAUUAGAUGAGAGAUAUCGAGAAGGGGACAGAUCAUCAUAUGAUCGAUAUGAUAGGCAUAGGGAUGAACGGAGGAAGAGAUCGCGAGAGUCACCUGACAAUGACAGAGGGCGACGUCCAAGACUUGAGGAGCGUUCCAAGUAUGAUGACAGGCGCCAUGAUGAGCGGUCCAGGUAUGACAGGUCAAGGUAUGAGGAUAGGAAAUUUGAAGACAGAAAGCAUGAGGACAGGAAGUAUGAGGACAGAAGGCAUGAAGAGCGUCAUCGUGUGCUAGAGGAAGUGCCUCGAGCAGAGGAAAGGCAUCUUGAUGUCAAGCUCAGUAAAGAAGCUCGUAGAAGAGCCUUUGCUCUUAAAGUUCAGCAAGAAGAAGAACAACGGGAAGCCCGACGCCUGCAGGCUGAAAAAGCUGUAGAGGCACAGAGGCAAGCACAAGAGGAUUGGUGGCGCUACCAUGAGGAAAGAUGUCGUCAAUUAAAUUUGAACCCACAUGUCACAGCCGCCAUUUUUAAUUCUCAGUAUUAUGAUCCUGUUACCAACCAAUUACUGGCUUAUACAACUCCUCAAGAUCCCAACCUACCUCAACAUACUUACCCUACGGAUGCUAGUCAUGCAUCUCUUCUGUUUGCUGCCAAUCCUGGAAAUGCCAUUCCUACCCAAAUUCAAGGGACCCCAUUUUCUGGAAUGUUUCAAGGAGCAACCCCACAGCCCUCCCCCUAUGAGAGUAGCCACAUACCUCCAGGAGUUUCACCAGUACCUAAUGGCGUUUCUCCUGUAGUGAUACCAGGACUAACACAUGGCUCUAACCCGACAGCUGCUGAUUCAAGUCUUGUGACACAGGCUGGAACAUUAGAACCUCAGCCGUCAACUUAUCCUGCACCUGUUUCUGAGGAGUCCUAUGCCCAGGACACUGUGCCACAGACAUUCCAGCUCUCUGGAGCACCCACAGAAAUUCAACAACCAGCUGUUCAAUAUCUGCCGCCGCCAGUUCCAGUUAAAUUACCACCCAAAUGGAAAUCUGCAAAGGAUGCUGAGGGCCGCACAUAUUACUAUCAUGUGAAAACCCGUGUAUCUCAAUGGGAGCCACCACAAGUUCCUGUUUCUGUGCUGGAAUCUGUGGAGAGUGAGUCCUCUUCAUCAUCGAGUGAGGAUGAAAACGAGGAUGACAACGAAAAUGAAGAGGAAGAAUCCGAUUCUACUGACGUGGAAGAGAAGCAGGAGGAAGAUGAGGAGGAAGAGGAAGACGACGCCGACAUGCCUUUGACGGUGGAACAAGGACUUGGCAUGGCCGCCCACCACCAGCAGCUCAUGCUGGCUGACCCAGACUAUCCCAACUUCAGUCCGAGGCCGACGGGCGCGGAGGUCCGCAAGAAGCGUCGCGUCGGGCUUGUCCAGGAGCACAUCAUUAGUCCCAGAAGAGAGGAGGAGAGAACAGAUCCGAAAAUAUACAAGCAAAUAAAGGAAAAGAUCCGUCGUCAGAAAGAGAAGAAGAAGCAAAGGGAACGUGAUGGGAAAAGUAGCAAAAAGCGACACAGAGAUAGUGAGAAAUCAAAGACUGUAUAUUCCCUUGAAAAGCCUGUCACUGUUGCUGCCGAUACGUCAAGUGAUGCAGCAAGGAAGAUUAAAGAUCAGUUUAGAUUAAAUAUGGCUGGUGUUAUAGUAACACACCUCAAUCCAUAUCGGAAACCAGACUGCAGAAUGGGCCGUAUCACUAACACAGAAGACUUCAAACAUUUGGCUCGAAAGCUCACACACUUUGUAAUGCUCAAAGAAUUAAAGCAUUGUAAAGCUGUUGAUGACUUGGAGUGCAAUGAUAAUGUGAAACAUAAGGCCCGGGACUUUAUUAAAAAAUACAUGGCAAAAUUUGGUGAUGUUUACAUUAGACCUAAAGAUGACGACUGACAAAACCGCUCCCCAGUCCCAGGUACAUCCAGCCGUGUCAACAAAUUAAAUUGGGAAAAUCUUGAGCUGGGGCUGGGGAUUGGUGUAGGAGAAUUCCUUGAGUGGCAGGAUGCAGCCCAAAGUUCAAGCACCGAAGAAGAAGGACCCAAACGAGUGGUUAGGCAUCUUCAGAAUGCGGUUCAAUUCCCUUGGAAUGGUCAGGAAGGUGAGAAGUUUGGUUAUACUGUGGAGGAGACUUUUAUGCCCUACAAAUUAAAAAUGAUCUCAAUGUGAUCUUAGUUGUUCACACUGAAAGAAUUUUUAUACUCCGUCUAAUGCUCAAGUGUUCAAAUUUUCCCUCACAAUGUAUUGUUUGAAAAGAACAUUUUAGACCAAGGUGAUAAUAUUUUUUCAUUGACGUCUUACUUGUCGAUUACUGUGAAAAUAAAAUUUACUGCUGUCAUGUGGCCCAUGGAUGCCACAUGUUCGACUAUCUUGCCUUGAUAUCUUUUGGAAUUCUGGGGUUAUUUGUUUUGCAAUUGUUUAGUGUGGUGUCAUUUUAAAUUGCAAUUCCGAGAAUUCUGCAGCAAGUAAUAUGUGAUCUGAUCGAAAAUGAAGGGAGCAAAAUUGUUAAAUAGUUUAUGGACUCGAUACUGUUAUUUGCCAAAUUAUAUAUGUGUUAUAUAUGAAUGGCCCAUUUGUAUCUAUACGAAAGGUGGCUCAUGUCUACUUGCCUUGUCCAUUAGAUAUCUCAAUGUGAACCAAUUUUACGUAUAGGUAUCUGCUCGCCUGAGGUAUUGGAAAUUUACAUAAUCCAUGUAGUAUUCUAUUUUGAUUUGCCUUUGUAUUUAGAUUUUUCUAUCUGGAAUUUUUUUCUAGGGUUCAUUCAUUCCUAUUUCUUUGAUUAGACAGGAAAAGAUUCUUCCUAAUUUUUCCAUUUGGUCUUAGUUACAUGAGAUCCGUAUAUUAACUGACAUCCUUUCCUGUUUUAAGGUUUUUAAUGAGACCUGCUUCACAUAGCUCUAAUUUGUUGAUUGUUGUUUUACUGUCUUAUUCAUAAUAUCCUUCUUAUGAAAAAAUAUCCUGGAGUACACAUUUCCUUUUAUAUGAAUGGUAAGGCUAGAUAAUCAUGAAGUUUUAUAAUUAAAUUUUUUUUCAGUGCAGGCAACGUUUUUACUGUACAGAAUGUGAUUUACUGUAUGUAAUUGUUGAGCAAUUGUUUGAGAUGUACAGAUUGAGUCAUCUUUUUUCAUAUUGUAAAGUAAUUUACUAGUCUUGAAUUAUUCAUCAACAGUUUCUACAAGAUGUUGAUGCAUGAAAUGUGAAUAUAACAAAAAGCUUGUACAAAGUAAUUUAUCAUCUCUUCCUCAAUUUCUUUAGGAUUAUUGUGAUAGCCUAGAUUUGUUAUGUUUCCAUAGCAAGUAGGUCUGGAAAUCGUUUCCUUUGAGUACAUUGUACAGUAAUAUUUACUUCAUCUUUCAAUAAAUGUCAUACCAGCUUUU